AUGCCUGCUUUUGAACCAAGGAGUGAUCCUACAAUUGCGAGAUGGACACGAUGGCAGGAGAGAUUCAAUACAUAUUUACUUGCAGCAGAUAUUAAAGACGAUGCGAGAAAGCGAGCUUUAUUAUGGUAUCAGGCGGGGCCCGAAGUACACGAAUUUUCCAAGCCUCUAGAAGAGGGCGAAUCCAAAGAUUCUAAGUCAGCAGUGAAAGCGUUGACGGAGUAUUUUGAACCAGAGGAAAACGUGAUAUAUCGCACCUAUGUUUUUAGACAAGCGACGCAAGGCCAAGAAGAAUCAAUCGACGAAUUUCAUACGCGUUUACGAGGCUUGACAAAAUACUGCGAAUUUACAAACAUAGAUUUUGAAAUGAAGAUGCGGAUUGUUACGAACGGCAUGCACUUAUUCAAGAUUACGAAAGAAAGCACUACAAGACCCAAAAUAUAG